CGGCGGUUUUACCCCUGCUUAUUUGGUUUAAGCUCCGCGGAGAUAGUGAAACCAUGCGAAAAUAUGUGUUAGAUUUAAGUGAAAUAUAUUCGGAUCACCGCAGCAAAGCAUAUCUCGGUCACCGGCCGACAUGGACCUCAAUUCAUAGCUUGAUACAAACCGUGAAGGAAAUUUUCGGUAUCCGCUCGCACGUGCACGUCUGUAGUGCAGAGCACAUUUUCUAUCCAGACUCGGAGAGUGUCGAAAUUCUUCAGGACGGCGAAACAUUGAGAAUACUACCAGAAGCAACUCCCAUCAAAACAAAACAAAUCUCUGACUGGGAGGACGAUACUAGGCGAUUGAAUGAAACAGAUAACCCGCAAGAAAGCACAUUUGAAGACAUUGAAUCGGUGCUGUGCCUCCUACCCAAGCGAAAGCGACGACGCGUACGAAAGCGGAAAGUGAAGAAAGUUUCCCAAGACGAACCGCAUACCACCGCAUCAGAAGCGACCAUAGAGAAACGAAACAGAAACGACGAAAAAACAAACGGUAAUUUAUCAGAUUCCGAACGAAAGGAACAGGUGGUGAAGGCGAGAAAACUCAGCUCUUCCGAAAUGGAUGAACGUCCCUACCGCAACCUCAACCGUCGAUUGAAGGCGAGGGUCGUGCGGGCAGCGUCUCUAUCAACGCUAAGUACUCCCCCACCGGAUGAAGUGUUCGUUUCUCCACCGUCCGAACAGAACGGUUGCGCACUCGAUGAAACCCUUCGUAGAGCCCACCCCGAAAGCUCCACUGUGUUUUACAAGAAAGCGAGGGUGGUACGCGCCAUUUCUUUGCAGAAUACAGUGGAAGUAAAGCGCGAGCUAAUUGAAGCAAUCGGUAAUGGACAUCUUUCAACAUCGUUGGAUACAGCACAGCAGGGUAAGAUAACAGCACCACAAACGGAAAGUGACAAACAUAACGAUGACCGGGAAGUAUCUCCUUCGAACGAUAUGGAAACAUAUUCCACCAUAGUGUCGGACGUUUGAGCGCGUUCAUCAAGUGCCGUGCUUGAUAGUCCUACCAUCUGUCGAUACAUUAACUGUUUAAAAUUUUAAAAGCACCUGCAAUCAAUGGAAUGCAAAUGUUUACCAUCGAUUAAAACGAAAGAAUAAAGUAAAUAAAGAUAUCUAUGAUGUACAUGC